AAUAAAAACAAGUGCUUUGACAUUUACCCACAUUUGUCAUUUCCAAUAACAACAACGUUAAACAGAGCUGACGAUAAUUGCAUCGAGAAAACUAUAUAAAAAAAUAUUUGAUGCAAACAUGCAUGAGGCAAAUAAACCCACGAAUUGUUCAAUAUGGCAGGUGACACGCCGCGACAGACUGACAUGGUUUCCUGACGGCUGCCAUUGUCGACCCUGACGCCUGCGAAGGUCAUGUCCUGACAGCCUACCUCUGUACGGCGACAAAUUGUCUGUUAGGAACCUGUAAGGUAAACAGAAUCCAGAAGAUAUGAGAAAAUUGUCGAGUUCAUAUAAAAAGGGUUGAAAGGAAAUUUUCAGUACAAUGUACCACCAAAUUCUGGAGAUGAUAUUUUAAGGAAUAUGAAGACAUAACUUAAGUAUGGAAGAUAUCAAGAUAAUCAAGACAGAACCUCAAAUUAAUUUGUUGGAGCAUUCGUUUCAAAAUGUAAAGAAGUUUGCUGAAAUUUUAUAUAAAUGUAAGCUUUGUACAUCUUUACCAUCAAUUUUAACAUCUGAAGAAAGUUUUCUUACCCAUGUUAACAAUACACACUACCAAGAGAGUGAUGCCCUCAAGAAGUGUAGAAAUUGUAGGCUGAAAUUCCGCACAAAGGAAGAUCUAUGGUCUCAUCAGAAGUUAAUGCACUCUGAUUUUGGGAGUGAAGAGGAAAGUUCUGAUGAUGAGAACGGAAAAUUUGAAAUUGCGUGGCAAAUAACUACAGACCAUGCUGAUUUAAAUAGUGCUGAUCAGCUGAAGCGAAAGAAAGGAAAAAAGGAAAAACACAGCAGAAAACAAAAGAAAUUGAAAAAUUUGGCAGCUGAAGAUGUGGAACAAGAUCCUCAUGUAGUUAUAACUCAUGGUAUUGAACAAAGCAUAUCUCCAGCACCACAGAAUGAUUCAGCAGAUCUUAAGAAACUGACCAAUCAGAUCACUUCAGACGCUAGUCCUAAAGCAAGUAUGGGUAGCAAUGGAAAUGUGUAUAGUUCUACUCCAGAAUUUGGCAAAUAUACAAAAUUAAUACGUGAAGGUGGAAAUAUAGUGUAUUUUUGUCAAGUUUGUAAUUGGAAAUCUCAAAUGAAAGUUAUGUUUACAGAACAUUGUAAAAGUACUGCACAUUUAGUUAAAGUUACCGUAGCAGAACAAAAUGACAGCCACGAUAAAAAUACAAACGAAAAUUCUUCACAAAACAAAUAUGAAAAAAGAGGACAUUUCAUGUCAUUUUUGGAUGAAAAAAUUAACUAUUACAUCAACAAAAGACUUUCUAGUGAAUCAAUUAAUCCGGAAAUAGAGGAAAAAGAUAACCAAUUGAAAACAAGGAAAGAAUCUCCAACUACUACAAAUGAUGAACAUGUGAUAAGUGUGGAAAUAAAGAGAGAACCUGAGGAUGUUCCAGACAAUGUAUCAAUAGAUAAAGAUCAGAUGGAGACUAAAAACAAUGUCCACACAAACAGACGAAAGAGAAAAGUCAUUAGUAGAUUACUGAAAAACAGUGAAAUAGACAAUGACAACUGGUCAGAUGAUGAUUCAGACAGUAUACCACAACCAACAACAAACAAACAAUCCCGACAGUAUAUAGACAGCUGUAGUGAUUCUCAAUUCAAAAUACAAAAAUCUACUGCACAGUUCUCUCCCUUGAAUCUCAAGACAAUAGAGGAUGAAUCUCAAAGUAGUAAAACAGACGAACAAAGUAUUGUCAGUGAAGAGAAGGAGACCGCAGGAAGGGAUCAGUCUGCGGGGAAUGGUAAACAUGAAAUGGUGGUGAAAGAUGUUAUAUCUAAAGCUUUAGAUAGUGAACUAUAUCGUAGCAGCAUGUAUAUGUACAGAUGUUCCUUGUGUCCAUUUGUAUGUAACGAUAUCACAGAAUAUAGGGUUCAUUUUGAAACAGAACAUGAGCCAGAACAACACACAGAUGUAGUGACAGAGUCUGGGUACACUGACUGUAAAACAGAGCAGUGGAAAGUACUGAGGAUUAAAGAGCUACUACCUGACAUAAUUGUGGCUCAUCCCAGAGGAAAUGUUUCACGAGACCUUUUACUACAGAAAGCCAGUAUGGUAGCAAGUGAGCCAGAGAUAGCUUUGUGGGGACCAGCAUGUAACAAAGCUUUACGAGAAUUGUUUCCUGAUAGUUUGGCACAGCGCAAAGGAAAAUUCAAAAAAACGUAUUUCUUUGGUGUAGCCUUGAUAGAUCAGGUACAGCAGGAGGAAGCAGCAUCAGCAGAAGGAAAUGAUGUAGAUUUCUCUCCUCUCAGAGAUAUGACACAGGACAUGGAUAAAAUACUACAACAUCUACAUACAAUAGUACAAUGGAGGGGUGAUUUAGAAGCUGGUGUUUCUCGAGAUGAUGUAUUACAUAUACUUGGACGUAAGAUAGAUGACCCAGAAGUCCAGCACUGGGGUGUACAGUGUAAUAGAGCAAUCAGAAUACUCUUCCCACAUGUACAGAUGAAACGCAAAGGAAAAUUCAAAACUACAGUAUAUUUUGGAGUAACAUUUUCUGAUCAGGUGACAAAAGAGGACUUUGCAUCCUUAACUGCACCAAAAUCAAGACCACAGAAACCGGUAGUUAAAGAUGAUGGGAUCAAGCCAAAACUAACAUGGAGAGAUGCCAUUAGAACUAUAGGAGGUAAAGCUUUUACAGCUCAAGACAAGAAAUCCAUUAUUACCAAAGGUUGGGGUCCAUUGAUGAGCCUAGGGGGUCCUUCGACCACUGACACGAAAGAGACAAGCUCAUCUCCCAGUAUGUUCAUGCAAGAUCAAGGACUUGCUCCGCCAAAUGUCACAUCUGAAAUGAUAAAUUUGGCACAGCCAUUUAAAGAAUCUCCAGACCUGCCACCAAGAAGUGGUGGCUCUUCACAAAAUAUGUCAUUACUCAGGUAUCAUCUAACAUCUGAUGAGUUUAAUAAGUACUACAAAUUUGGUGCUGAGUUGGAAAAAACUAUAUGGAGUAGUAGAAAAGAACUAGAACAGGCCAAGGAGGAUCGUGAAAAAUUGGCAGCAGGUGGAGACACUGUCAACAGUCAGAUCUCAAAUAGUGGAGAUGAAAAGAGCAAUGAUGCUGAUGAUGAGAGUAGCCAGAGUACAUUAGGUGAUGGAAAAGCUUCAUCAUUCUUCAAUGAGAAAUCAGAUAAUCCAAACGUUAUAAAGACUGAUGAUGGUAUUAUGUAUAUAAAACAAGAAGUUGAUUCUGAUCAAGACAGCUGAUAGUUGUAGAUAAAUGUGUUAGACAGUACAUAUGUAUAAGUAAAAGAGGACAAAGUCCUAAUUACUAAUAGAAACUUUACUAUGGAAUUCAACAUCUUUAUAUUUUUUGUCUGCACUUCUGCAAUCACACUGUUAUUUCAUUCCCAUUUCAUUCUUUUCUUUUAGAAAUUGUGGUAAAACCUCUAUAGAUGUAUGAAUUAUUUGAAACAAAAUUGAAUCAAGAUUAUUAAAAAGUUUGAUGUGUCGAGGAAGUCUUCACCAAAAACUUUUUCAACUACCAGUCAGCAGACCUGUAUUCUGACAAUUUUUCUUAUUGGUCCAAAGUUUUUCAAUCACUUACUAUACUAAAUGAAAUUUUAUUAGUCUGGGGCAUAUAUAGGACCCAUGCAGACUGGUGAAGACACCAACUAAAAUUUGUAUAAUUUAUUUGUAAACUUCAUUUUAAUACAUUUUCAAGUUAUGCCAUAAAUAAGUACUUAUUAGUUCACGCCUAAAUCAUGAGGUCAGUGAUGUAGGGUAUUCCCUCUUCAGGGGCAUCCAGACACUUAUAAAAGGAGGGGUUCCCAACCCAGGUCAAAAAGGGGGGGGGUCCAACUAUAUGUCCCCAUUCAAAUGCAUUGAUUGUUGUUAAAAACAGUAUGAUCAUAACAUUAUGAUUUUAUGUAGUGUAAUAUAUUUCACAAUGUGAAAAAAAAAUAUGAUUUUAGUAAGGAAAUUAAAAAUUGUUUGACAAAUUUAUUUAAUUUUUGAAAAAGUUAUUAUUCUGGUAUGGACUUCAGUAUCAUAUGUAUUUCACAUGCCAAUCAUUUUUUUUAAAUUUCUCACAAACUUCAGUGUUUUUGUAGCAUUUGUGUUGAGAACUUUUACAUGAAAAUCUCUUGUUGUUUAUCUCUGUCUGUAAGACUUGUUUUACUGCCUCUAACUAUUUUGUUGUAUUUGGACUUUAUAUAUCAUGUAUACAGUGACUUUUGAAGAUGAUUGUAAUGCACUGUUUAUCUCCACAAGAAAAGGUUCAAGUUAUUUUUCUUUUUAACAUUUUUAAUAAAUAUUGGUAUUAAAUGUGAGAUAAUUUCUCAAUAAAAAAUGAAUGUAGUUAUAAAUCAACUCAUUGUAUAGAUACAUAUGAAAUAUUCAAAAUGUAUUAAGGCAACUUUAUUCCUUUAAAAUGAAUGUGGGAGCGAACAAGUAUUUUUUUUAAUUUUUUGGACCAUUGGUUGUUGGACAUUAAAGGUUGUAUGCAAAGUUAAGGUAUGUUUUUUUAAGAGGUGGUACAAACCAUCUGGUUUAUAUUUAUGCUUGAAAUUCACAAAAAUUGGUACUCCACAAAUAAUAAUAAAUCUGCAGUAAAGUGAAACAUUUUCUCCAAAAAUCCUUCUUAUAAAUGAAAAGUAUUUUCCAUAAAAGUAGACAACAAACUAAAAGAGUGGAAAGUUUCUUCUGACUUCAUUCUACAAGGGCACUAAUUUAUUUUAAAAAUAAUAUCUGUUAUGUUCUAUAUAUAUAUAUAUAUAUAUAUAAGAUUGUGAUACUGUUUCUCUGUUUUGUUUCAUCAGUUUACUUUGUACAUCUUUUCUAACAUAUUUAAUAAACUUUAUUUUUAUGUUAUUUACUUUUUA